GAAAAUAGUCGAGUCAGAUAAUUCGGUUUGUUAAACUUCUUCGAGACGUCGAAGUGCUGGACGUUCAUGGGAUUAUAAAGAAUCAGUCAUCAAUUCUGUGUGACCUCAUCCAAGGUGACAUCGAGCGCUGUCUGGGUUCUGAGGGUGAAGAUGAAGGCAGCGUCUGGGGGAUGGAUGCUCUGGACAGCAGAGAUGUUCAGGAUAAAAUAAGUCUGACGGCCAGCGAGAGCCCGGAGCUCGGCAGCCCGGCCGGGUGUGUCAGUCCCCCGAGAGAGAGCUGGAGAGACAUCCAAACCACGGACUCCAAAGACCCCGAGCACACAGAACACAGCAUGUUCGGUCAGACCGACUCUCGCGUGAUGGAGGAUGACCCUGUGGGCCACAGAACGGGGUCACACCUGCUCACCCCGGCACGCAACGGAUCCGUCCAUUCAUUCCACGGUCUUAAUGGUAACGUGUCACCCGUCUGCUGGUCGCCAGGCGAACACGAGUCGCCCGAUGGGAAAGACGACGUUCCCUUAAACUCCCCACGGACACCGGUUCAGACGUGCCCGUAUUGCCAGCGGACAUACCGACGUGAUGCGUCUCUGAGGGAACACAUGACGUUCUGUCAGGAGAGAGAGGGAGGAGACAGUGUUUGUCCUUUGUGCGGGUACAGCACACCAUACCGGGAACAGAUGGAACGACACUUGACGCUUCACAACCAAAGCCAAGAGAAGAACUCCAUGUGUGAUUCAGCGAUGGAGAACCGGAAGUUUAAGUGUGACCAGUGUGGAAAAGCCUUUAAAUACAAACACCACCUCAAAGAACAUCUCCGCAUUCACAGCGGUGAGAAGCCGUACGAAUGCACCAACUGUAAGAAGCGCUUUAGUCACUCAGGCUCCUACAGUUCUCAUCUCAGCAGCAAGAAGUGUCUCGGCGGGGGUACGACAGGCAACGGAGCUCAUUUUAAUGGCCACUCCCACCCUGCCUACCUCUUCCUGCCCCCGACGUUGCCCCCUGUGCUCUGCGGUAGAAACAGCAUCAGGGGGAAGGGCUCUCCGUACGGUCCGCUCCACAUAGACCAACUCACCUUGCCGGAUUCUGCAGUGGCGGCAGAGCUGAGCAGGUCAUGGGACCCUGCGGCAGAUUUGGCCAUGAGGACGGGCGUGUUUAAAGGCACCACUUUACUGCCGUUACUGCAGUCGCGCAACAAGUUCGAGCAGCUGUUGCAAGACAUGCUUCGCAGGGAAGUGGGAGAACAGGGACAGAAGGCCGGCGAGGGUCUGUUCGCCGGCGUAUCGUGUCGGUGGUGUUCGCAAGUGUUUCCCAGCGAGGCGACGCUGGCGCAUCACAAACUUGAUCAGUGUCGCAGCAAAGACGCAGUCAAAGAGGGCAGUCCGCAAUCCCACAGACACAAAGCCGAAUCGCCUCUUAACUUCUCUCGACCAUCAAACGUGCCUUACGACACCCAGACGUCACCCACCAACAGUGUGCCUUACAGAGACCUGUCGUCACCCCAGUGCGCGUCUUGGCAUUCGGUUCCACAACAGAUUCUUGUGCCUCUACCGACACCAAUGCAACUAUCCCAAGAUUCCCCUAAACACAAACACUGGCCGAAUGAAGAAAACAGCCCUAGAAAACCCAACCCCAUUGACCCGACAUCACCAUCAGGACCUGAACGCCAACAAACCAUCGCCUCACGGUUCGGUUUUCCGCCCUGUAUGGACCUGUUUGUCAAUUCCACAUCACCGCGUCAACCGAGUCAUCGUGUUCUGGGUUCAGAGGUCGUUCAAAGUGAACCCUUGGAUCUCUCCAUCCCCAAAGCCCAUUAUGUGCCCAAAGAAUGCAAAAAUCAAACUUGUAAUGGCUUCUCGCCGCACAGGGAAGGACGAGACAAUGGGAAUAUGUUCAUGCCGCAGCAGGUGGGCGGAGCCUAUGCCGUAUCGCCGCUGUUUGGGAGCACGGUUUUCAGCAACUACCCCCUCUUCAACCACAUCAUUCCAGGAAGUCUGACGGGAAUGGGACACAAUGGUCUGACAUCACUUCCUCUAACUCCACCGGCCACGAGCCCAGGGUUCCUCUCGCCAGUGGCGUUCAUGCCGGAGGCGGACUCAGAAUCCUGGAUGAAGAGAAUUCAGCAUGAAAGACAUUCAAUGAUGAAUGAGGUGAUGAAUCGUGGAGGUCUAGAGUAUCUGUCUCUGAUGGAGGACGGUCUGGAUGGAGACAUUGGCCCGGGGAGGAAGAGACUGAAAAAGACGGAGGAAGGAUUGUACGCUUGUGACAUCUGUGACAAAACCUUCCAGAAGAGCAGCUCUCUGCUGCGACACAAAUACGAGCACACAGGGAAAAGGCCGCACGAGUGUCAGAUCUGCAAGAAGGCCUUUAAACACAAGCAUCAUUUGAUCGAGCACAGCCGUCUGCACUCGGGAGAAAAACCCUAUCAGUGUGAUAAAUGCGGCAAGCGUUUCUCUCACUCGGGCUCGUACUCGCAGCACAUGAAUCACCGUUACGCCUUCUGCAGCAGAGACGGCGACCCGGACGCGGCCGAAGAGGAGAGUCCCGUCACCGAGCGCAGCGCCAGGACAGACGCGGGCGUAUCCGCUCUGGAGGACAGUGGAGCUUAUCUCAGUGACUCCAGUAUAGAAGAAGCACCGCUGGAGGAAGACGAGGAGGAGGAGAACUCCCUCAAUAACCACCUACAGGAGAAAAGCAUGAUGACGGGGAGUAAAGACACCACAGGAGAAUCAGAGGAGAACCCGGUGAAAACAGAACAGAAUGAGGACAUGCAGAUAACAAAUGACACCGGAACAGAGACAGAAUGAGACGAGAAUGAGAGCGUUCCAAUUCGAGGCAUCAAAAUCCCAUUGUGCUCCACAGAGAAACAUUUUAACCUAACAUUUGUUGUACAUUUGACAAUUUAUGAUCCAACUCCACCAAUCAGAGUUGGUCAUUUUUUGUGUCAGUUGUCAUUCGCAGUGCAUCAUGGGAUAUGAACACGAUGCACAAUUCGCACAUGAAACAUUCAGUAUUUAUUUUGCCUCAAAUCAAACUUUCUGACGUUGUGUAUCAUCUCACAGCUGCCUUAUCUGUUCAAAUCCCUUCCGGAGUCUGAAUGGGAAAACACGGUCGGAAUCGUGGCCGACGGAAGAGUGGACGUUUAUUAUCGGCGAGAGUAACGCUCGCCAGUGUUUACCAAAGACGUGAGGAAAAGCACAGCAUCUACACGCUCUUAGCGCAAAACAACCUCGUGUGCCUCGUGUCAGGAGCGAAAAUAAUGUGACUGUGAACAAAGACAUUACAACAAAGACAUGAACAUUCAUUUCUACAAAGACUUUAUGAGCCACUAUUGGGGUUUACAAGAAUAAAUAACGAAUAUAUCAAUAAAUAAAAUAAUAGCAGGCGGUGAAUCGAAUGAAACGUGGCCUAUAUAACCAGCACAAUAUCACAAGAACGAUAGAAGAAAAUAUGUUUUGCCUAAAGGAAAGUUUUAGAACUAUUUUUAUUCCAGUUUUCCAGUAAGGACAACCUUAUUAAGUAAGUAUCACCAUUAAGAAUAAUGCAAAAUGAAAGUCUCGUGAUGUCACAAUGCAAAACACCACAAUAAUCAUUCAGCGAUCUUUUUCUUAAGGAAAAAUCGGACUCCUUGUGUCGUUCCUGCAGAUAUUGUGCUAAAGUAAAAGAAAUAUUUAAAGGCCGGUUUUAAAAGCGUUUCUGGUUUGUUAAUGAAUAGCUUUAAGACACAUCAUAGCGUCUCUCUAAUGGUGUGUGCGACAUAAUUAUCUCAAAGUGAACUAUAACUCAGCACAAAGAUUAAACACACACUUGACAUCUCUGAAGUGGAACAUUGGAAGAUAAUGACAGACAUCGAAACCUCAGAACCCCAUUUUACUUUCUUUUUAGCACAAGUUGUUUAUGCACUCAGGGUGGAAAUGAGGCCGAGAACUGCCGAUCGUAUAUUUGCACACGUAUUUUCCUACGCCAAAUCGUGUCUUCUGAAGUCAUUUUGAGAACGAAUAUUGAAAGAAGAUGAUGCAAAUGUACUGAAUAUGCAAGAGUUUCAUUAAGAGAACAUCUGUGACGUUCAACAGCCCAAAUCCAAAAGCAAGCUGGUGCUCAAAACUCAAUGCAUUACUCAGCUUUUCUACUUUAAUUCUACUUUCACUUCUCUAUCUUCACCUGUAGACUCGGAAAGUCGAACCAAAUGAGUAUUUCACACCGGCACUGUGCAGUUUUAUCUUCGCCAAUGUUAUUUUUAUAUAAAUUUCUAAGCUUUCUUCAUACAUGACUUUUGUAAUAAAGUUGUACAUAU